CACCACUCUUAUGUCAAUCUAUGAGUCAUCACUUUUUUCUUUCCAUUUUUCUUAUUCUUUAAGAUUACAAUUUUCAUCUAUUCUUUUUCAAGUUUCAUCUCUUCCCACAACUUCUCCUAAAUCCACCAAAUUUCUAAGGUAAAUGGAUUAUUGUUGUAAGAAGUAAAGAAAUGAAGUGUUUAUGUGAGAAAGACUCUGGUCUAUGUUCUGUUCAUUCAAAUUCACACCGUGUUUUCGGAUGCCCGUCAUGGGGAACUUCUUCUGAACCCGAAGUCCAACAAGCAUCCAUGUCCAAAAGUUUGAGCUUCAAAAUGGAUGCUCUGCCACAAAAAUGUCCUGACAAGAGUAAGGCACUGAGUUUUCAAUUACAUGAACUGGAUUCAUCUUCAACUCAAUCGACUGACUCAUCACAAACAGGUCAAAUUCCUUUCCAGCAUAGUUCUUCUACUGGUUCAGCAUUUAAGGGAACCGAGGGGAACGAUAUGGGGUGUCUCAUCGGCUCAUCAUCUAUUGGGAGUCCAAAUCUCACCAUCCAUCCUCCAUUAGUGGAUCCCAGCCAAUCACUUGCGCAUAUUGCAUUCCCCUUUGCUGAUCCAUUCUAUAGUGGCCUACUUUCUGCUUCUUAUGGCCAUCAAUAUAAGCUAAUGGAAACUGCUUCUGUCCGAGUUCCCCUGCCGUCUGAUAUGAUGGAAGAACCCAUAUAUGUGAAUUCGAAGCAGUACCAUGCUAUACUGAGGCGAAGACAGUGUCGAGCAAAACUUGAAGCACACAACAAACUCAUCAAGGAUCGUAAACCAUAUCUUCAUGAGUCACGUCAUGUACAUGCAUUGAAGAGAGCUAGAGGUGCCGGUGGCCGCUUCCUCAAUGCUAAAAAGCUCGAAGAAUCAAAGCUUGCAUCACAAAACCACAACCAUAGCCAAAAUGUUUCCACCAGCUACACUUGUUUGAAUUUGAAUGCGAAUAUGCCAGAAUCUAAAAUGCAUGAUCAGGUUGAAAACUACAGAGAUGAUGCUGAUGCUUCAGAUGUGACAUAUGGAUCUAAUAGGAAUGAAAUGUUACAGCAGCAACAGGAGUUAGAGUUCAGGUUAUGCAGUUACCCUUCUUCUCAAACUGGAAGGAACAUGCAGGAUUAUACAACUGACAAAAGUGUUGGUGCGAAUCAACGCCACCGACUAUCGGUUCUCAUGUGAGAGACUUAUAGAACACAUUGUUGUGGUUAUUCUUCAUUAGAUGAAGACCGCAGCUUGUGUUGUGCUCUCCACCAUUGGGAAGUCAUCCUUGGCUCAUAUUUAUAUCUGUCUUACUGUUUGAUUGUUUUAAUUUUCCAUCACGUUUUACUACUUGUUAUUGUGUAGCCUAUUACUAUCUUUUAGGAAAAAUGCAAGCAAUGACUUGUGAAAAACACUGGUAAUGCUUUUCUAUGUUGAUGUAUGCAAAUGGCUUUGAUGUUGUAAUCUUAAACUUUGUAGUAACUCAACCUUAAUCUUUGCAAAGAUUUGAGAUAUGUGUGAUGUGAGGUUCAUAUA